UUCACUCCAUCCGCGAUUAAUUACGAAGACGAUUGUGUACGCGCAGCGCUUCUAUUUACUCAACUGCUUCGCCCGCCGAAAGAUAAAGAAACUACCAAAGUGCCUACGUUUCACACCAGUAUCUUAUCGCGAACACUCUAUUGAUCGCUCACCAUACACCGCGCUCGCCUCGCCUUAAACGGACGACAAAUCCAGCCUUAUUGUUCAAUUUAACUUUAAAACGCUAUUGUGGCCGCGAUGUUACCGGUGAAGUCAUAAUGUGCGCCGUAUAAAAAUAGAACCGCGUGUUUACAGGAAAAUAGUGUCAAUAACAAAAGUGUUGCGGUUUGUAAUCGAGCGGAAAUGGCGGCCAAAUCGCCUACAUUAAGUUUGAAGUCGCGGGAAAUCAUCGGUGUGGAUCAGUUCAGUCAGCGCCGCGAAGUGUUCGACAAACACGACACCGUGUUCCUCCCGUUGCCGUCGCCCACCAACCUGGCGCCCUCUUACGUCGAAGUCGAGCCUAUAGUGACGUCCAACCACGGAAAAACUACCACCAAUUUCAAACGUAACAGCCCUGGAUAUUCAAGCAUGAGGGAAUCGCGAACAGACAACUCGGAAGUUUUCGAAUUCCGAACACGUAAAUAUUCCGACAAUUUCACGUCGGAGUCCAACCAGGAUGAAGAUGUGGAUUACAGGCGGAGCAUGACUGAGCGAACGCGGCGAUUGUCCAAGUUACGACGAGACUUCUUAACUUCCAAUUUACACGAGCCCAGCAACGAUAGCUCAUUUACGCGCGCCGGUACCCGCGCCUCGAUGCCGGUAAGAAGCGGCUCCAUAAAGUACAAGAUAGAGAGUCCCAAUUUGCAUAAAUUUCCAUUUGCGGAGCGAAUCGCAACUCCACCUCCAGUGCGCAAAGUUACCGUGGACUUAGGACCGUCAGAAGUCGAUAGUGGAAAAGAGAACCAAGAUCCUGAGUUUAGAUCCAAAAUCGUUAGCUUGCCAGAUACUGAUGCUUUGAAGAAACUAGACCAUCAAAAGAUGUUCGAGGAACUUGUAAAAAGAUAUUCCCCACAACGCAAGCCAGUCGACUGGAAGAUACCUCCCACCAAACCCAGAAUAGUUGAUUCAGUUCCUAAACUAACCACACCUAGCAUGGCGAGCCAAGAGAGCUCGGAUAGUAAGAAACAAAUAGACGAUAAGACAGUCAAACCAGAAGAUGAGGAUGUUUUCGACAAAAAGCCUGAAACUGAAGUAAGUUUAGUUAUUGAAGAGAAAGAAGUAGAACCAAAGGACGCCCGCAAUGGGCCCGAAAUCAUUAUACAAGAACAAAACGAUAACAAAGAGAGAGAGUCUAAAGUAUCUCUGACAGAGCUAGCUGAGAAGAAUGAUGAAGUACCAGAAUUAUCGACAAUCACUCGGCAAAUUAGCAAGGAAUCUGCUAAAAGGCCACCUUUAGACAAAAUAGUAGAUUUAACGAUUCCCGACUUGCUAGAGAAGAUGACUGUGGAAGGUGAGAACUUAGGGCACAAGAAAGACCAGAAAAAAGUGAAACGGAAGAGAAGUUUUCUGGACAAACUACUUGGGCGUAACAAAAAGGAUAAAGUUAUAGUUGGUAAUGAUAAAUAAUAAUACAGUCGCUGCGUUGCACCUACUACACCCUACACCUGCCAAAGACUAUCAAGAGUAUCAAGGUUGAUUGGUGAUAAAAUAAUGACGUCAAAGUUUAGAUAUAAGAAUAUUUUUAUACAUAUUGAAGCGGUAGUAUUUUCGAUAAAUUAUUUUUGUUAUAAUUAAGCCUCAGACUUCCUCUACUCGACUCUUUAUCUAAAUGCAAUGGCUGGGUUAUCAAUAGUUGAUAAAAAGUAAGUGCCAUGUGACACUCCCUAUCUGCCAAAUUCUUAGUAAUGGUUAUAAAGUGUUGGGUUUUAAGACUGGGCACGCAAGUGUUGAACUCGGUUGUUACGUGAAGUCGGUGAUUACCUUUUUUGACAAUUUCCUCUGCUAUUUUUCUGCGAUUAUGAAAGUCUGUGUGCAAAAAUCCGCCCAUGUACGACCUGGACAUACUCGUACUUAUUUUUAUUUACUGCUGAUUAUGUUGCAGCACUUUUAAAUUGAUCUGUAGACAAAACAUUAUUCACCGAGCGCACGAAAUGUCUCCAUUUCAGCUUGGGCAAAAAUGCUUUUGUGUGUUAAUCGGAUUGUCCGACUUAAAAAAAGUAGUGAUUAAAGUUAACAAAUGAAAAAAAGAAGAAACACGUCGUAUUUGUAAUAAAAUUGCUUUGCUCUGACCGUCACCUCGAUUACUAGAAGAUUCGACAUGUGGGGUUGAAUAUUUUACACAAUGUGCGUGAUACAAUUACAAUCCAAUAAAAUUGUUUAUAUAGGUAUGUAAAGUAUUCGUAAAUUAUUAAAUUGCUCGUCCAGUCUUAUUAAUUAUUCAUUGGCUAUAACUGUAUUUAUAAAAUUAGUACCUACAAUAAGUAAGAAUCAUUGAUAUCUAUUUAAGGACGGGCCUUACGGACACUAAGAAUGGUGCUAGUUCAGUGGUGUCAGUGUCACUCACGAAUUCAAGCCAAUCGUGCAGUCUAACGCAACUAGUUGCGACCGACGCCCGCGUGAUGCGAACUCAUCAACCAAUCGCGUUGUGGUGUUAGUCUGCACGAGUGGCUCGAAUUCGUGUGCGUGACACCGCUGUACUGGCCCCAUUCUUGUUGCCCGUAUUAGGGGUCAUCCAUUAAUUACGUCACACGAAGUUCUAGGUUUUUUAUCCCUCCUUUGUUACAAUUGGUCACAUUUGGCAAACCCCUCCCGCCCUGGUGUGUCGUCACAUAUUUGGCAAUUUUGUUUUCAACGAAAAAUAUUGUUGAUAAAAUAAAUAUUACCAAAUUUGUAACCCAAAACUGAUGGAUGACUCCUAAGGCCCGUCCUAUACAUGUCAAUAGUAAGAACAUGUAGAUCGUGUCAUGAUCACGCCCGAAUUUGACAAAUCUAACCUUUAAUGGCAUGACAAUACGAACCAAGGCACCAGUCCUCGUGUAUGACUCGAUCUAUACUCGUAGAACUCGCGAAAUACGUAUGUCAACUUCCUUCCUGUUAAUUAGUUCAAUCUGUAUUUAUUUUGUAUUAUUAUUCAUUAUACUUUGCAAGUUUUGGACUUUACGUUAAUUUUCUGCUAUGAUAUUUUGUAAACAAAUGUUUUUAAAGUUAAUUUAUAAUAAUCAUAACACAAGAAUUUAACAGAAAUAUAUUUUAUUUACUACAUUGAUAAAAUAUACAAUUUUUCUAAA